AUGAAUUCUGAUUCGAGCUCUGUCUCCAGCAGAGCUUCAUCUCCGGACAUGGAUGAGGUGUACCUGAGAGAACGCCACCACCGCCACCACCAUCACCAGGAGAGCCGUCUCAACUCGGUGUCGUCCACCCAGGGCGACCUGGGGCAGAAGAUGCCCGGGGAGAGCCUCUCUCGGGCCGGCGCCAAAGGCGCGGGAGAGAGCAGCAAGUACAAAAUCAAGAAGCAGCUGUCGGAGCAGGACCUACAGCAGUUGAGGCUGAAGAUCAACGGACGCGAACGCAAGAGGAUGCACGACCUGAACCUCGCCAUGGACGGGUUGCGCGAGGUCAUGCCUUACGCGCACGGGCCCUCGGUGCGCAAGCUCUCCAAGAUCGCCACUCUCCUGCUAGCCAGAAACUACAUCCUCAUGCUCACGAGCUCCCUGGAGGAGAUGAAGAGGUUGGUUGGCGAGAUCUAUGGGGGCCACCACUCUGCCUUCCACUGCGGGACCGUGGGCCACUCGGCCGGCCACCCGGCGCACGCAGCCAACGCCGCCGUGCACCCGGUGCACCCCAUCCUGGGCGGCGCGCUCUCCUCCGGCAACGCCUCAUCCCCGCUGUCCGCGGCCUCGCUGCCCGCGAUCGGCACCAUUCGGCCUCCCCACUCCCUGCUCAAGGCGCCCUCCACGCCGCCCGCGCUGCAGCUGGGCAGCGGCUUCCAGCACUGGGCAGGGCUGCCCUGUCCCUGCACCAUCUGCCAGAUGCCACCGCCGCCGCACCUGUCCGCUCUCUCCACUGCCAACAUGGCCCGGUUGUCUGCCGAGUCCAAGGACUUGCUUAAGUGA